AAGUGCCACGACAGCCAGCUCGGCUUCUGGUCGGUGGUGAUCCUCCUGGAGGUGGUGGUGCUUGUGAUUUUUGCCGUAUCCAUCGUGCUGGGCAUCCUCGGAGGCGUGAAGGUGUUUGUCGUUCAGGGCUGCAACGAGUUUUACGUCUUGCACGAUAACGUCAUCUGUACGGAGACCCUGGUCAACCUCAGGAAUUUCCUGGGCACCUUCAUGCUCGACUCGUCGAUGAGGCCUGUGCAGGACAUCGAGAUCGAGGAGGCGUGCGGCGCGUACCGGCUCCUGACGUGCGACAUGAUCGUGGAUCAGAUGAGAACAUCGACCAUCCUCACCACGGCCUUCAGCUUCCUGGCCACCCUUAUCUCCCUCCAGCUGAUCAUAGACUCCGCCGUGCUGCACGAGCAGGCGACCUUCCGCCGCCUUGCCAACGAGUACGUUGCGAAACAGGAGGCGGGCGGAGAGCAGGCCCCCCGACCGGCGGCGGCCAGCUCGGUCGCGUGA